GUACUUGACUACAUUUCAGAAGGAAAUAAUGUACAUUUUAUUCAACUACAUGUAUUAGACAGCUCUAGGCCGCGUUAUUUUUCUGAUUAAGGUUUUAAAAUCUAUAAUGAGCAUAUAAUGCAGUGUCAUGAACUUUGCAGUAAAUUAUAUCAACUCACCUCAACCAGAUAUAACAUUAAAAUGCUGCUAAUGAAUCAAUACUUUAGCUGCAUUUUACUUUCUGUGCUUUCACUUUUGAAUGUAGAAUUUUUUGACACGCAGUAUUUUCACACUGAAUACUUCUUCCACAUCACAUGUACCUAUAACCAUCGAUAUGGAUAAGGAUAAUCAAUGAUUAUCAUGAUGACAGAGACUGAUUCAUAAUCAAUAGAUCAUUAACAGAAAUAAUGGCUCCAAAGUAAUUAUAAAGAAUGAUAAAGUUUAUUCAUAAAUUAUGUGUAUUAAGUGUAUGCAUAGCUUUUGUGUGUGAGCAUCGUUUAUACAUCUGGCCCUUGGCGUUCUAGUCUUCCCUCUUUUGAACUUUGUUGUUAGCACCAGAACUUGUAAGAGACCAAGCAAUUCAGGCACAAGAUACAGAGUGCAAAUUGUGUUCAUUGGAUUAACCCUUGACUCCUGCCAAAUGCUUGCCUCCCCAACUCCAGGGAGAGUGGAGGCCAUACUCCAGCUUCUCCGCCAUUUUCGGAAGAACAGGUGGUUGAACACCAGGGCACUUUAUGCCAACAGGUGGAGGACUUUUUCAGAGUGGUGUAGAGCUCACAAAGAGGUUCCUAGAGUUUGUUUGUGGCGAUAAUAAUGCGGUUUUUGCAGGCUUUGCUGGAAAAGAAGCUCUCUGCUUCCACCCUGAAGGUCUAUGUGGCUGCGAUAUUGGCCAGUCACAUUAGAGUGGAACCAGACUGUGGGGUCUCACACUCUGGUAACCCAGUUUCUUAAAGGAGCCCAGUGGUGACACCUAAAAACCUAAAUGCAGAUGCUGCCAUAAAGGGCACGAGGGGUCACUGGAUGUUUUGAUGAGUGUGAAGUUGAUGUGGAUCUGCCCUUCACAGGCACCUGAUCUCAAUCCAACCAAACACCUAUGUGAGAUUUUAGAGCUUUGUAUUAGACAGCGGUCUCCACCACCAUCAUCAAAACACCAAAUGACAGAAAUUAUUUUGGAGGAAUGGUGUUUAAUCCCUCCAGUCUCAGAGGUAUAGAGAAUAUCAGUCAAGAGGCUCAUAGUGGCUCCUUAUUAAGACACUUUUCUAUUUUCUUUCUGUUUCAUUAUACCUAUUGUAAUUUUGUGGUAGUCAGCCACCUUAUCCUCCCCAGCCAUGUGUUUUCUGUUGUGCUCUCCUUCCCUGCUGUGUCUUGUGUGUCCCAGACUCGUCGUUGGAUGUGUGUGUGUAUAUGUGUGUAUGUCUUCUGGUCUGGCUACGUGGUUUUCCCGCUUGCUGCUGAUUACCAGCACACCUGUCUCCAAUCUACCAUCAGUCUCCACUGCUCAAAUAACCGGGUUCUCCCACAACGCUGAUGCCAGAUCGUCUCCGUACCAUUACACGACCACUACGGCAAGGCUCCUGAUGGUGAUCACAAUUCCUGCCUUUGUCUGGAUUUCUGUCAGCCUGCCUGCCUCCAGCCACUCCACGUUUCCUGACUACAACAACUCCACCACGGAGCCACACCCUUUGGCUGCAACCUGCUCCAUGAUCUUGGUUCCGCUGACGGUCAGUCUCCACAUCCCACCACCAAAUCCACCACACGGCCAGCCCAGGUCUACACGGUACCACCUGCUCCUCGUCUCACGGACCAGUCUGCCUGUCCAGAUCCACGCGGCAUCUAAACCGAGUCAGACAGGUGACCGCUGCUUCAGUCUUCAUGCUGGAACCAUCGCUACUUCCCUGGAGUUACCAGUGGUUCAAAAUCAAGAUUCUGUUGUCUGAGCCCCUCAAGCUUCCUGCCAAGGAGUCUCAGGCAGACAAAAGGGAACUGGGACGCGACAGAGUGACCAGCUGGGUUUGUUGUCUUGUCGUCCUGUCAGCCCUGAGGUCACUGCGGGGGUUGAGACGGCACCAGGUGAAGCCCAGUCAGCUGACUAUCUGUGUCACACCUUCUUCAUUCACUGUCUAAGUCCAGCUUAAGCAGAGUUUCCUGGCGGCGGAGAAACACACGGCUUAGUCAACAUACUGCACACCAUAAGCCUUUAAACUGAUGGGAGCAGACCAAGCUGUGUUUAUCUGGGAAGCUGCCAGAGUACUUUUUAGGAAAAACAGAGAGACAUUUCAAUCCCAAGAAGCUAAUAAACAGUAGAGUCUAACUGAUACUGGAUGUUUGAGGCCAGUACAUUAUUUAUAUUUGUGAGUUAAAACAUCUAAUAACAGUAUAUCAUCCAAUAUUUACCUGGUAUAAUUAAACGAUUAAGAAUUCCUUGAAUUUUGUUAUUAAAGAGGGGUGACCAAUUGACAUAUUACAUUUAAAAAAUAAACUUAUCAAAACACAACACUAAGCAAAUUUAACAGUACAUUUUUAAAAGUAGACUUCACUGGAAAUUAAAAUAGUAUCACAACAAAAA